UGUUCUCCCCACUGUAUUUACAUCAUAUUUAUAGUCAGACUUUGCUCAGCGUAUAAUUUUUGGUUGUAUUGCACAUUUAAACUUAAUCUUGUUCACUGUUAUAUUACUCUCGACUUUACAUUCUUGUAUUUGAGCGUCGUCUAAUCACAAAAAUAAUUGGUAAUUAGUUACUAUCAGAAUUAGAGUUGUCCAAAUAUAACUUUUUAAAUCGAUAACUGAUAACCCGAUAUUGUCCAACUCCAAAAAUCCAAUACCGAUAUCAAACAGAUUCCAAUAUAUGCUGUCGUCACAAACGUGAAAAAUAGAACAAAUUCAACUGAGUUAUGGACAAAAGUGCCUCUAUUGCUCACUAUAUUUAUAAUUGAAUCAAAAUAGUGCAAACAUCAGUUUUUUGGAUCUAGUACAAGUGGAAAGUGCCAAUAAGGCACUUAUUCUGUCCCCAAAGUGUGUGGGUACGCAAAUCGAGGGCUCUAAAGAGCAGUCAGACGGUGAAGUAAAGUUUAACUGGCUUUACUGUGGUCAUCUUUCUCUUGAAAAGAGCACUGAUACUUUUUUGUAAAACUGAAGACAAAAAAAACAUUGUGUCAAUAAUAUGAAAUAAAGUCACAAAGCAAAAUAUGUGUCAAUUUGAAUAGCAACUGAUAGUACAGGUUACAAGUAAUGAAAUAAUGUAACCACAUUUUACUACACUACACAACGCUCAUGAAUAUAAAACAAAGGAAGAAUAUAACUUACAAGAGACGCUUGUAUAAGGCACAAACAACUUGGUGAGAUGGCAAGAACUGCUAUGGUACGCUGGCUGCAGACAUUAGCUUGUCCAUUUAGCUCUCUGUAUUUGCAAUGAGCGCACGUCGACCUAUCAUUAAGUCAGCAGAAAGUGGUGGAACUUAUCAAAACUAGUUACACAUAAGCGCCAGCAGGGGGUGACAAAACACCAGAAACACAGGUAGCCAAUAAGUGCACGUGACUGCACUUCCAUAUGCAUAUUGGACCAAAACCAAUAAUGAAAAAACGAUGUCAAUAUAAUCCAAUAUCGUUUUAAAAUGCUUUUACCGGCCACCCGAUAAUAUCGGACAUCUCUGAUCAAAAUAGCUGAUUGUGGCAGCCCUACACUGUAAAAACUUUUGAACAAAGUACCUAAAUUUCUGCAUUAUAGAGUGCACCUGACUAUAGAGAUCUCUACUGCUGCAACCACUUUAACUCAACUCACUUAACUCAAGUAAUUCGAUUAGAAAAAAGAUCAAAUUUAAUUUUGCUGCUUCGAGUCUUCGUUUAAUUAAAGUGGCGUUUUAAUGGUUUGUUUUGAAAGUGCUGGCAUUUAGUUUUAUUGAUUUGGGUGGAUACACUGCCCUCUAGUGGCAACAGUGAAUAUGAUACAACACAUUUCACAUGGCUGAAUCCAGCUGCUCCCUGUUAAGACCAACAUAAGCUACGUUUUUGUUUGAGCUAGUUUUUUUAAUGCGUUCGUAAUUUAGUUUAUAGGCAUAUUCAGCCAUUUUUGUGUGUUUGAACCAUUUAUUAAGAGCAUUUAAAACAAAACAAAAAAACAAAAAAAAGCAUUUUAUAGCAUUUAAGCUAGCAGACUUUUGGUAUGUAAGUUAGCGUGUUGUUCUUUUGUUGUACUUAGAUCCUCUUUUUUUUUUUUAACACCGUUUGAGGCUUAGCUCAGGUGUUUUAAUUUUUUAUGUUCCUUAUCUGAAUACUCGACUAUUCGGACUAACUAGUUCAUUGAUUAAUCAACUACUAAAAUAAUCGAUAGCUGCAACCCUAAAGAUGUCACUGUUUUAAUAUGGGAUAUUUAUAGAGAGGGAUGGUAAACAGAAAGAUUUGUUUGAUGAAAAUUACCUGUGAGAAAAUUAACAUCAAUAACACGCCAAGUUGCUCCUCCUCAAUCCUCAUUCAUAUAGUAGUAAUAGCGCUGAGCUAGGGGGCUGUUGCCGUUAGCCUAGCUGGUUCAUUAUAGCAUAUUAGGCUCUUUGUCCCUUUUAAAUCUGGCUAAAAUACACUGGUAGCCUAAAACUGUUCUUCCUUUAUGGCAUUAAGCAUCACACGGACUUUUAUCAGCAAUAAAGUCCUCUGAGUGCUCAAUGAAAAUGGCUAGCCAGUAGCCGUUUGUAGCGCUAGCUUAGAGGGCUCUCGUAACAAACAAUGGAUAGCCAUCCCCUCCUCCAAUUUGUUGCCAGUUCAUGCGCAAGGAGCCUCCACGUUCACCCCGAGGUCAGACAAAGAGUUCAACCCAAUGCCGUCUUGGAAAAAGUCUUUACAUCCAUCACAAAGAAUCCAGAAUCGCACCAUCUGCAUGGCCUCUCCAAGCAGUUGGAUUGGGAAGUGUGCAAGGUCCAACGCUGGUUCCGACAACGCAGGAACCAAGACAAACCCGGCUUGCACGCCAAGUUCUGCGAGAGCAUGUGGAGGUUUACAUUUUAUUUUUGCAUAUUUACCUACGGCUUUCAGUUUCUUUGGCAGAGCCCUUGGUUGUGGGAUACGCGGCAUUGCUGGUACGGUUACCCUUUUCAGGUGUUGACGCCUCCUCUUUACCGCUACUACAUGACGGAGCUGGCCUUCUACUGGUCUCUUAUAUUAUCCCAGUUUACUGACAUUCGAAGGAAGGACUUCCUGGCCAUGUUUGUUCAUCACCUAGCGACGGUGGGCUUGAUCAGUUUCUCCUAUGCCACCAACAUGGUGCGGGUGGGCACCCUGGUCAUGUGUUUGCACGACGCCUCUGACAUCUGGCUGGAGGCAGGCAAAAUGGCCAAAUAUGCCAAGUAUCAGCGUCUCUGCGAUGUCCUUUUCAUGGUAUUCAGCGUGACCUUCUUCGUCACCCGCCUCAUCGUCUUUCCUUUUUGGGUCUUCAACACCACCAUGUUCGAGAGCUGGCUGAUCGUGGGUCCGUUCCCCUCGUGGUGGCUGUUCAACGUUCUCCUGCUGGUGCUCCAGGUUCUGCACAUCAUGUGGUCAUACCUCAUCGCACGCAUCGCCAUCAAAGCCAUUAUGAAGGGCAAGGUAUGCAACGAUGUACGCAGUGACGUAGAGAGCAGCUCUGAAGAUGAGUGGACAACAACGCCUGCGCACAAAGUGGAAAAUGGCACCAACGGACACUGCACCACCACUGUCAGAAGCAGAUUGCACGAGACGCCCACGUGACACGAUUUUUUUGAAAAACAUUUGAAAAACUUCUCUCACAUGUUCGUUUUUGACCAGUUUUGUUAUGUUUUACGGACAAACCGCUCCACUCCAUGCUACUUUUUACUGUUAUAUUUUGUUUGAUCCCCCAAUGAAAAUUUGUCAGUUCUUACCAA